AUGGAUCCCCUAUCCCACGGCUUCCCUCCUCUCAAAAGAUCAAGAAAAAUUUUGAAGAAAUAUCGAGGAUAUUUCGGAUAUUUUACUCCUUGCAAAAAUUCAGACUUACGCAGCAACACAUACACAACCACCACUGAAGACGUCGUUUCGCCCAUUCUUCCGGCGAAGAAGCGAAAGGAGACUAGAGACCAACCCAUUCCCCCUGACCCAACUCCCGCCGCCUUCGCCGUCAACACCUAUUCGUUGCCGGCGAAGAAGCGUAUCUGGGCGCUUCCGCCGGAUUUAGUAACCCCCGAGAAGCCGGUUCCGGAGUUGGAUUUGAAUCAUGAGUACAAGGCGGAGGCGGAGGCUGCCACGGAGAAAGUUGAAGAAUGCACGGAAGGUGUUUGUGAAAAUGCCUCAGAGAAGAGCCCGGAAGAUUCGGGCGUCGAGGAGGAGUGUGAUGAUGAAGAUGAGGAUGGGAUUGUUUGUAAUGUUUGUAAGAGCUCAGAUGGAGAUCCGUCGGAUCCGAUUGUGUUCUGUGACAGGUGUGAUCUGAUGGUUCAUGCCACCUGCUAUGGUAAUCCCCUUGUGAAGGGUAUUCCAGAGGGAGAUUGGUUCUUCUCGCAAUGCUCUGGUUCUUCUGAGGCUUCGCGGGGUGAUGAGUCUUUGAAUUGCUGUCUUUGCCCCGGCAAAGGUGGGGCAAUGAAACCGACUGGAGAUGGGCGGUGGGCGCAUAUUGUGUGCGCGCUUUAUGUUCCUGAGGUGUUCUUUAAGGACCCGGAAGGCCGAGAGGGGAUUGACUGCUCCAAGGUUCCCAAGAGGAGGUGGAAAGAGAGGUGUUAUGUUUGCAAGAGCGAAAGCGGGUGUGCUAUUCAGUGUUCGGAGAUCAAAUGCCCUUUGGCGUUUCAUGCGACUUGUGGGUUGAAUGAAGAUCUUUGUAUAGAGUACAGGGAAGGAAGGAAGGGUGAUAUUGUAGCUGGGUUUUGUAGAACCCACACUGAUCUGUGGGAAAAGCAACAAGAAUCUGGGAAGUUCAAGAUUGUGGCUAGAAAGGACUAAAGUGCAUAAGAAGUAGUUAGAUGGUGAUGGAUUAACUAUAGGUCUUUGUGGGAUGGUAUGCAUGGACCUGCUGGUUAGUGUUUGAUCAUUGUUUUCGUUUUUGUGGAAUUACUGGUUGCUUUUGUUUUUAGAUAUUUCAUUUUUGAAAUAGGUAUUACCUUGUUUUGGUUCCUGUUAAGACUUUAGCUUUGAGCUGAUCUUAAUGAUACAGUAAUUCAAUUUAUGUAGUAAGAAUGUGUUCUCACCAUCAAUUUACAACCAGUGUCAAUUUCUCCCUCCAAAUAAUAAGGCAUUUGAUCUGCACUUUUGCUUGUGAGGUUAUACUUCAAUCAGUGUAUUCCUCUGGCUGGGUUCUUGUCAUCAGUGGGAGAUUGAAUACUUGGUAUAAGCUUUUUGAAUACAUUUUUUAGAUGAAAAAUUAAAUUUUCUGUGAAAUUGUUUUGGCUAUGAGUUCAUAGUGGGAGUCUGAGAAGCUUGUUUUGGUCUACUUGUAAUUUUAUUUGGUUUGGGAAUUUGGGGAGCACUACCCCUUCUUAGUUCUUACUGACUGCUUAGUUCACCAUUAGGUAGUAGAUAGAAGAUAAAAAAAAAAGGCAUUCUUCAAUUUUUGAACCGUGUACCUGGUAUGAUUGAUUAUAAUCAUUCAUUAAUUUGUGACCAUGAUGCAUAAAUAAACCUGAAAGGUUGGUGGAACCUCUUGAUGCAUAUCAUUUGUAUUUGAUCAACUUAUGAUUCUUUGUUUGUAGGCAGUAAUCACUAAAAGUCUAAAACCAUGGAUAUAUAACAAAAUAAGUGAUAACAUUAAAAUCAAAACAUGCUAUUAAAAUAACAUUAAAUUUGACACAAAUUUUGACACCGUUUAUUCGUCAUUAGAUUUUAAAAUAAUGAACGGUCAAGAUCAAUUUCAAAUAUAAUGUCAACAAAUAACUAAUUGAGAUGACAAGUGACGUGGCAUUAUCUAAUUUCAUAACAAAUCAAAUAAAAAAAUCAGAUUAAAAUCUAGAAACCAAAAUUUAGUUUGUACGAUUAAAAGAAAAAGAAAAAGAAGAUGGCCGAUCAAAAACAAAGAAAAAAGAGGAAGAACAACAGAAGACCAAAGAAGAACACAGACGAAAGAAAAAAGCACAGCCGAUAGAAAGAAGAAAUUAAAGACUACCAUGCCUACAGUAUAAAUGGUUGGCUUAAUUAUUGUCUAAUACUCUAAUCCCUUCAAAUGAUAUUAUACUUUCUAUA